AUGCAUUUCACCAGCCUUUUGGCCCUCGCCCUAUCGCUGGGCUCGUCUCAGGCCGCCCUCCAGGGGUUCAACUACGGUAGCACCAACGGCGAUGGCAGCAGCCGCACCCAGUCGCAGUUCCAGGACCUGUUCAACACCGCCAAGAACCUCGUCGGCACCUCGGGAUUCAACAGCGCCCGCCUGUACACCAUGAUCCAGGGUGGCACCACCAACGACCCCAUCUCGGCCAUUCCCGCCGCCAUCGCGUCAGACACCACCCUGCUCCUGGGUCUCUGGACCUCCGGCGGCAACACGGACAACGAACUGGCUGCGCUGAAGUCUGCCAUCAGCCAGUACGGCGAGCAGUUCACCAAGUUGGUGGUUGGUAUCUCGGUCGGCAGUGAGGAUCUCUACCGCAACUCGCCCACCGGAGAGUUGUCCGACGCCGGCCCCGGUGUCCAGCCCGACGAGCUGGUCGACUACAUCAACCAGGUCCGCUCCCUGAUCAAGGGUACCGGCCUCAGCGGCGCCCCCAUCGGCCACGUCGACACCUGGACUUCCUGGGUCAACAGCUCCAACUCUGCCGUGAACGACGCAGUUGACUGGCUCGGCUUCGACGGCUACCCAUUCUUCCAGAACACCAUGGCCAACUCGAUCGACGAUGGCCUGUCGCUGUUCAACGAUGCUGUUGCCAAGACCAAGUCCGCUGCUGGUGGCAAGGAGGUCUGGAUCACGGAGACCGGCUGGCCCGUCAGCGGCACGACCGAGAACCAGGGUGUCGCCUCCAUCGCCAAUGCCAAGCAGUACUGGGACCAGGUCGGCUGCCCUCUGUUCGGCAAGACCAACACCUACUGGUACACCCUGCAGGACGCCGACGCCUCGGCCACACCCAACCCCAGCUUCGGCAUCGUCGGCACCACCCUGAGCACCAAGCCUCUGUUCGACUUGACCUGCCCCAAGGGCUCCACCUCCUCGUCUGCCGGCUCUUCCUCCAGCUCCUCCACGACCGCCUCCUCCUCGUCGUCGUCUGGAAACAGCUCUUCCUCAUCUGGCGGCAGCUCUUCCUCAUCUGGCAGCAGCUCUUCCCCCGGCUCGACCACCUCCACCGGUAGCAGCUCCGGCUCCUCCUCCAGCGCCAGCGGUGGCAAGGGCUCCAGCUCUGCCGGUGCCACCUCCACCAAGGCCUCCGGCUCCGGCUCCGCCACCUCCGGCUCUCCGUCGCCUACUACGACCCCUAACGCUGCCACCCGCGCCUCCGGCUCGGCCUUUGGCAUGAUCGUUGCGGGCAUCGCGCUCGCCAUGUUGGCUUAA